UACUUUGAUUUCUACAUUCGACUCGUGCACGUCGCACGGACUUGUUUCGGUAAAACGUAGAUAAAAACAGGCAUAUGCGUUAUCUUGACAUUGAAUUUGUUUCCCGAAGUGUGCACUGUUAUUUAGACGAAGAAUAAAAGACAAUGGAGAAAUCACCGAAACCAGUGCGAGACCCAAAGAUUGUGUACACAAAGAUCUUUAUCAACAAUGAGUUUGUGGAUUCUGUCAGCGGCAAAACCUUCCCCGUGAUUAACCCGGCCACGGGGAAAAAUAUCUGUGACGUGUCUGAAGGCGACAAGGAAGAUAUUGACAAGGCCGUGGCUGCUGCCAAGGAGGCGUUCAAGUUAGGAUCACCAUGGCGUCGGAUGGACGCCAGCCAGAGAGGACGGCUCCUGUACAAACUCGGCGAUCUUAUGGAGAGGGACGCCGAGAUAAUCGCGAGCCUGAUCACCUUGGAGAUGGGUAAACCCUUUCUUCAUGCCUAUGGCGAGACACUGUGGGCAGCGGGGGUAUUGCGUUAUUACGCGGGGCUGGCAGACAAGAUCGGUGGUAAAACGAUCCCAAUAGAUGGAGACCUUUUCGCUUUUACUCGUCACGAACCCGUUGGAGUAUGUGCUCAGAUUAUCCCGUGGAAUUACCCAUCCGGAAUGUUUACCUGGAAGAUCGGACCCGCCCUGGCCUGUGGCUGUACCGUGGUCAUGAAGCCCGCGGAACAGAGCCCCCUGUCGGGCCUCCACCUGAUAGCGCUGUGUAAGGAGGUCGGGAUCCCACCGGGCGUCGUUAACAUGGUCCCAGGCUACGGACCCACCGCCGGUGCCGCCCUCACCAAUCACCCGGAUGUUGACAAAGUCGCCUUUACUGGAUCCACCGAGGUCGGCAAAAUUAUUCUUCAAGCUUCCGGUGGGACAAACAUUAAGCGCACUACCCUGGAACUUGGCGGGAAGAGUCCUUGUGUAAUUAUGGACGAUGCUGAUCUGGACGAGGCUGUGCAGUUUGCGCAUGACGGCGUGAUGGUGAACGCCGGACAGUGCUGUAUCGCCGGAAGUAGAACGUUUGUCCACGAGAAGAUUUACGACCAGUUCGUGGUCAAGAGUCGCGAGCUGGCCGAGAAACGGACACAGGUGACGGGGGAUCCCUUCGAUCCCAACACCCAGCAAGGACCACAGGUAGAUGAGGAACAGUACAAGAAAAUUCUUGAGCUGGUUGAAUCGGGGAAGACAGAUGGCGCUAAAGUCGAGUGUGGGGGCGCUGCGGUCGGGGGCCAGGGCUUUUUCAUCAAGCCCACGGUCUUCUCGGGAGUUACCGACAACAUGAGGAUUGCCAAAGAGGAGAUUUUUGGGCCCGUCCAGCAGCUCUUCAAGUUUAAGACUCUGGAUGAGGUGAUCGAGCGAGCCAAUGCCACCACAUACGGCCUGGGCGCCGCCAUCUUUACCAAGAACAUCGAUAACGCCAUGUUGUUCACGCAGGGUGUUCGCGCAGGAACAGUGUGGGUGAACCUGUAUGACGUGGUACACCCACAGGCGCCGUUUGGAGGCUUUAAGAUGUCCGGCCUAGGGCGUGAGCUUGGAGAGUACGGAAUAUCUGCUUAUCAGGAGGUCAAGUCGGUGAUCAUGAAAAUUCCGCAGAAGAAUUCUUAAGUCCCGAGAGAGACCUGGUAACCUGGUAACCUGGCCUGUGAACUAUCAAACAGUAAUGGCGCACAGUCGUUAAAUCUUGAGACAUAGAAAAAAUUGCUACAUGCACUGCAUAAUCCUUGAACUGUUAUCAUAUGAUUCAGUAGUAACCAGUUGUCAAUAUAUCACAUGCUUUAUAGUCUAGACUUAGUAUUUGUUCGAAGCGAGGUUGUGUUUUUGUAUAUAUUACACCGUAUGUAACUCCAUGUAAUCAGAUUUAUUUUUUGUGGUAUGAAUGUAUGAAUAAUGUUAGUGUUGCGUAAAUAUAGGUUGUUAAAACUUUAGGUUAGUGCUUGCUUUCUGUAACAUUAGAUUAAUAAAGUAAUAUAACUUG